AUGGAAGCUGCCAAAGCCGCCGUGAACAAAUUCACCUCUCACCGAGGUCAUCACACCACUGUGGAUGAGACAGUCCAGCCCGCCGUCGUCAAGGAGACUGUCAAGCCGGUCCGACACGAAGAGGCCCAACAAGCCGUUGACCGUGAGGUCCACCAACACCACUACCACACCACUGUCCAGCCCCUUGAGCACAAGGAACAACUCCCAGAGAAGCAUGUCCACAAUGUGCUUCCCACGGAGCACCGAGAAUUCCACCACGAGAAUGAGGGCGAGGCCAGACGCAAGCUGGAGUCUGAGCUAGGUGCCUUCAAGGACACCAAGAGAGUCGAGAACGUCCACGAGACACGAUCUGCCGCUCCCGCUGUCACUGGCGAGCAUGUCCACCACCACGUGCACGAGACUGUUGUGCCCGUCGUUCAGAAGGAAACCAUCCAACCUGAGGUUGUCCAUACUACCAUUCCUGUUCAUGAGAAGCAUCACGCUGCUAGUGAGCAUCACGGACUUUCUGCUCUCCCCACCAAGACGCUCGAGGAGUUUAAGAGAUCCGGUGGCGUCAUCUCUGGCGGCAAACACGAGAGCCACGAGGAGUACGAUGGUCCGCCACGCCCAUACAACGAUAAGCUCAAGACCGACCUGAAAGAGCUUGGUUUUGCAGAAGGUGAACGCCACACCGGCCACCACACCACCGGUACUACCGGUACUACUGGCACUACUGGUACCACUGGUACUACUGGCAUUACUGGUACUCACAACACCCACCACACCACGGAGACUGGUGUCGGUGGUGUUGGCACGCACCACCAGCACGGAACUGGUGUGGAAGGCUCUCACCACACCGGCACCGGUGUUGGAGGCACUGGAGUUGGCAGUACUCACCACACCGGAACUGGUGUCGGAGGCGUUGAGGGUCGCCGCGGCGACAACUUCGGUACCACCGAUUCCACGAGCCGCGAGUCUGGCCUGAACCGUGGUGUCGAUCAAGUUGGCUCGCACGAGAAGACCAAGCCGAGCUUGAUUGACCGUCUGAACCCGCGGAAGGAUGCUGAUGGUGAUGGCAAGGCUGGCCUUGGUGACUAA